GUGAGCGGCGGGGCCGCGCGCAAGAUUGUCCGCUGUUGGGAGCCGAGCCCUUGGCCUGGGGCCGGGCGAUCUGGGGGCGCGCUGGGCUCGGGUCGUGGCAGCUGGGUGUAGAAAGGCAACCCAGCUCGGCUGGGUGUAUCGGCUGUCGGACUGGCUCGAUUCUUCCAACGUCCGCAGGAACCCCUGAGCCCGGGCCCGGCUGACAGGGGCUCUAUGGGCCCUGGGUCUACACUGACCCAGUGAGUGCAGCUGCAGAGCCAGGGCAUCAAGGGCUGGAGCGGAGCUGACACUGUCCAUGGAGCUGGUGGACAGGGUGGACAGGGGGCGGUGGUGAUGGCGCAGUUUGACACUGAAUACCAGCGCCUAGAGGCCUCCUACAGCGAUUCACCCCCUGGAGAGGAGGACCUGUUGGUGCAUGUCCCUGAGGGGAGCAAGUCACCUUGGCACCACAUCGAAAACCUUGACCUCUUCUUCUCUCGAGUUUAUAAUCUACACCAGAAGAAUGGUUUCACUUGUAUGCUCAUCGGGGAGAUCUUUGAGCUCAUGCAGUUCCUCUUUGUGGUUGCCUUCACCACCUUCCUGGUCAGCUGUGUGGACUAUGACAUCCUAUUCGCCAACAAGAUGGUGAACCACAGUCUUCACCCAACCGAGCCUGUCAAGGUCACUCUGCCAGAUGCCUUUCUGCCUGCCCAAGUCUGUAGUGCCAGGAUUCAGGAAAAUGGCUCCCUUAUCACCAUCCUGGUCAUCGCUGGUGUCUUCUGGGUCCACCGGCUCAUCAAGUUUAUCUAUAACAUUUGCUGCUACUGGGAGAUCCACUCCUUCUACCUGCAUGCUCUGCGCAUCCCCAUGUCGGCACUUCCAUACUGCACAUGGCAAGAAGUGCAGGCCCGGAUCGUGCAGACCCAGAAGGAGCACCAGAUCUGCAUCCACAAGCGUGAGUUGACAGAGCUGGACAUCUACCACCGCAUCCUCCGGUUCCAGAACUACAUGGUGGCCCUGGUGAACAAGUCCCUCCUGCCCCUGCGCUUCCGCCUGCCGGGUCUUGGGGAGGUUGUCUUCUUCACCCGGGGCCUCAAGUACAACUUCGAGCUGAUCCUCUUCUGGGGACCUGGCUCUCUCUUUCUCAACGAAUGGAGCCUCAAGGCUGAGUAUAAACGUGGGGGGCAACGGCUGGAGCUGGCCCAGCGCCUCAGCAACCGCAUCCUGUGGAUCGGCAUUGCCAACUUCCUGCUGUGCCCCCUCAUCCUCAUCUGGCAGAUCCUCUACGCCUUCUUCAGUUAUGCCGAGGUGCUCAAGCGGGAGCCGGGCGCCCUGGGUGCGCGCUGCUGGUCGCUCUACGGUCGCUGCUACCUCCGCCACUUCAACGAGCUGGAGCAUGAGCUGCAGUCCCGCCUCAACCGAGGCUACAAGCCUGCGUCCAAGUACAUGAAUUGCUUCUUGUCACCACUGCUGACACUGCUGGCCAAGAACUGCGCCUUCUUCGCUGGCUCCAUCCUGGCCGUGCUUAUUGCCCUCACCAUCUAUGAUGAAGACGUGCUGGCUGUGGAACAUGUCCUCACUACCGUCACACUCCUGGGGGUCACCGUGACCGUGUGCAGGUCCUUUAUCCCGGACCAGCACAUGGUGUUCUGCCCUGAGCAGCUGCUCCGCGUGAUCCUCGCUCACAUCCACUACAUGCCUGACCACUGGCAGGGUAAUGCCCACCGCUCGCAGACCCGGGACGAGUUUGCCCAGCUCUUCCAGUACAAGGCAGUGUUCAUCCUGGAGGAGUUACUGAGCCCCAUUGUCACACCUCUCAUCCUCAUUUUCUGCCUGCGCCCACGGGCCCUGGAGAUUAUAGACUUCUUCCGCAAUUUCACUGUGGAGGUUGUCGGUGUUGGAGACACCUGCUCCUUCGCGCAAAUGGAUGUUCGCCAGCAUGGGCAUCCCCAGUGGCUGUCUGGUGGGCAGACGGAGGCCUCAGUGUACCAGCAGGCCGAGGAUGGGAAGACAGAGUUGUCACUCAUGCACUUUGCCAUCACCAACCCUGGCUGGCAGCCACCACGUGAGAGCACGGCCUUCCUAGGUUUCCUCAAGGAGCAAGUUCAGCGGGACGGAGCAGCUGCUGGCCUUGCCCAAGGGGGCCUGCUCCCGGAAAAUGCCCUCUUUACGUCCAUCCAGUCCUUACAAUCCGAGUCUGAGCCACUGAGCCUUAUUGCAAAUGUGGUAGCCGGCUCAUCCUGCCGGGGCCCCCCUCUGCCUAGAGACCUGCAGGGCUCCAGGCACAGGGCUGAAGUCGCCUCUGCUCUGCGCUCCUUCUCGCCUCUGCAGCCUGGUCAGGCUCCCACAGGCCGGGCUCCCAGCACCAUGACAGGCUCUGGGGUGGAUGCCAGGACAGCCAGCUCCGGGAGCAGCGUGUGGGAAGGCCAGCUGCAGAGCCUGGUGCUGUCAGAAUAUGCAUCCACUGAGAUGAGCCUGCAUGCCCUCUACAUGCACCAGCUCCACAAGCAGCAGGCCCAGGCUGAACCUGAGCGGCAUGUGUGGCACCGCCGGGAGAGUGAUGAGAGUGGGGAGAGUGCCCCCGAAGAGGGGGGAGAGGGGGCCCGGGCCCAGCCUAUCCCCCGCUCUGCAAGCUAUCCCUGUGCUGCACCCCGGCCUGGAGCUCCUGAGACCACUGCCCUGCAGGGGGGCUUCCAGAGGCGCUACGGAGGCAUCACAGAUCCUGGCACAGUGCCCCGGGCUCCCUCUCACUUCUCUCGGCUGCCCCUGGGAGGAUGGGCUGAAGAUGGGCAGUCAGCAUCAAGGCACCCGGAGCCUGUGCCCGAAGAGGGCUCAGAGGAUGAGCUCCCCCCUCAGGUGCAUAAGGUAUAGACGAGGCAGAGGAGGGUCCUAUGCCUCAGGAUGGAGGCCAUCGUUGCCCUGCCAUCCCAGAGGAGGGUCCCUGUGCCCCAGGAUGGAGGCCAUUGCUGCCCUGCCACCCCAUCCGUCCGUCAUGGAGGGCUCCCGAGUGCUGCCUGGCUCCACGCGUGUAUUGUUUGUGUGUCCGUGCCUGGCCAAGGGAGGUGCCAAUGCUGCGCUCGCCACAGCCCCAGGAGAGAGACAGGGGGCCUAGGAAACAGGGCACAUGGGACUCUAGCCUCAUCCCCAGGACCCCCCUUGGCUCAGAGUGUGGUGCUAGAAACUGGUCCCCAGCCCAGCCCCAGUACUGCCACCUUUGCACCUACCCCUGCAAGUCUCCAGAGGACUGCCCACCCCAGAAGCUGCCAAGCAGGGAGAACGUGUGCCAACUGUGGAGUGGGGAGGUUGGGCCUGGACCCUCAACCUCUGCAGCCUCCCUCCCCACCCCCGAACAGAUGAGCAGCUCAGGCUGUGGCCCUUACCUCACCCCCAGUUCUCUCCCAGUGCUGCAGCCUGCUCACCUCUCCCCUGCUUCCUGCACAUACAUCACUGGCAUGUUUGCCACUUGCUCCCCUUCUGUUCCCUUGCUCCCCCCUUCUGUUCAGCUUUUGCUUUGUGUUGGUGUGGAGGCUUUAGCUCCCAGCUCCCCUAAUGCUAUCUUUUGACACUAAGAAGGAAGGUUUCUAAACUGUGGAGCAGGGAUGGACAGCAGGGAUUUGCUGUCCUCCAACUUUUUAGGAUGGGCCCCGGGAGACUUGCGGCCUUCCUGGCCCCCAUUGCUGCUUAUUGUACCCUGUACCACCUGCACAUGGGAUGGAAAGGGCCAGAGUGUGACCUCGGCUGUCUGUCUCCCAGCAAGAGCGCUCUGGCCUGCAUCCCGCUGUCCCAAGAGGGGGAUGGAGGGGCGACAGGAUGGCUUCGCCCUCGGCUUUGGGCUGCCGCACUGCAUGCUGGGACCCAACUCCUUUCCCUGCCCCCCCACCCCCGCCCCUCUCCCCCAGCUCGGUCCGCUGCAGGUGAGCGGUUGAACUGUGCAGCCGAACUUACAGCGGAAUGGGGUGGGGGACCGUGUACAGCUUGACAACCUUUAAUAAAGAAGGGACUGACUGCG